AUGGACUGCCGUGAGUGCAAGAGUGGAGGAUCAUGGUCUUUGGUGGCUAAACUUGCGCCCGCGCACCCCCAGCCCCUCCAGCCUCCCCCGGGGUGGGCACCGGGCCACGGGGUGGGCAGCGGGCCACGAGGUGCCACGGCGGCGGGGACAGGAGCGCAGGGUGGCUCUGGCUCCCGACACGGCGCCGGGCGGUGGCAGCUCGGUGCUGUCCGAGCCGGCCCGCACGCUCUGCGGGGCGCGGGGGUGACCGCUAAGACAUCGACAUCACGCAGUGUGAACACAGCCCGGGGACUUGGGACAGCGCGGCUCCGCUGCAGGUCCCCGCCCGACGGGGACGCACCGAGCGCGGGGAUGGAGCGGGACGAGGGGGUGAGCAGGGCAGGGCGGUUGAAAUCCAUGGGAAAAGGCAGUGCAGGACAUCCCCUCUGGCAGGCACUGCCGGGAUUCCUGAUGGGCUGGUGCUCCCAGAGCAGCUCCGCACUGCUCCCGACGCCCCAAAACACGAGGGUGGAGAACGGGACACCUCACUUCGGGAAGGACCGCGGGGAACGAGACCUCGCCCGCUGCUCUGGGGGGUCCGGCGGGGCCCCGCUCAGCUCCAGAGCUCGAAGACAAGCCGGGGUUCCUGACUCCGGGAGUGGGAAGCAGCUGGCGCAGCGCGGUGGGGACGGAGGGGACGCUACUCUAACCAGGACUGAACACGGCUGGCCCAAAGCGACGCUGGAAGCAGAGCUCGGCUGCUUGGCAGAGCCACGACUCGCAUACACAUUGCACACUACUAUCUCUGGAGGGGGGGGGAGUGGGGCAUCUGUGGGGACCCCGGGCUCCUGUUGGACGGGGGGUGACCCCACAGCCCCACACGUCACCCAGGCGCUGACCGGGAUUGGCAUCUCGUUGUGGCAGCCUUUUGUUCCUGUGGCACCGGUGACUGGCAUCUCCAGGUGA